AUGGCAUCCUUAGGCUCAUAUGUCCUCGACCUGGUCUAUUCCUUGACCAAUUGCAUGUCAUGCUUUCCCGGCACCCCGCAACUCAAAAUCAAUGGCCGUAGCUUCAAGAUCUUGCGCCUUCUCGGCGAGGGUGGCUUCUCGUACGUCUAUCUCGUUCAAGACAACUCGGGCGCGAACCUAUAUGCGCUCAAGAAGAUACGGUGUCCCUUUGGCCAGGAGUCGGUGUCCCAGGCGCUCAAGGAAGUCGAGGCGUACAGCCUGUUCUCGCCGCACCCCAACAUCAUUCACUGCAUAGACCACAGCAUUGCGUCGGAUAAGUCUGACCCAGGCGCGAAGACGGUGUACAUCCUGCUUCCGUACUACCGAAGAGGCAACCUGCAGGACAUGAUCAAUGCGAACCUCGUCAACCACACGAACUUUCCGGAGCGCCGGCUGAUGAUCCUGUUCCUCGGCGUGUGCAGGGCGCUGAAGGCCAUGCAUCAAUACAAGGUCAAGGGGGCGCCCGGUGGAACGGCGAGUCAGGCAAAGGCGAAGAGGGUGAGACAGCAGGCUGCUCGGGCUGAUGCGGAGGCUGCGGAUGAGGCUGGCGAUGAGGCGGCGGAGCCUCUGAUGGAUGACGAAGUCACUGCCGCUCAGGAUGGCGUUGCACCGGGGCAGCAGCGCGCGUACGCGCACCGGGACAUCAAGCCAGGCAACAUCAUGAUUGCGGACGAUGGAAAGACGCCCAUUCUUAUGGAUCUGGGGUCUCUCGCACCAUCGCCCAUCCAGAUCACCUCGCGCUCGUUAGCCCUCCAGGUGCAAGACACGGCGGCCGAACACAGCACCAUGCCGUACCGGGCUCCGGAACUGUUUGAUGUCAAGACGGACACGGCGAUCGAUACCAAGGUUGACAUUUGGUCUCUGGGCUGUACGCUCUAUGCGUGUCUCGUGGGCAAGUCGCCGUUUGAGGCGCGCUCUGAGGAGACGGGCGGCAGCCUCAGUCUCUGCGUGCUCGGUGGUGACUGGCGUUUCCCGGAUGAGAGCUCGGCGCAGGAGCACGGCAGACAGAAGCAGGCGGCCACAUCGACGGCAACGCGGCAGGAAGGCAGCAUCAGCGAGCAGGUCAAGGACGUGGUGAGACAAUGCUUGAGCGUCGAGCCGUCGGAGCGGCCGGACGUGGACGGGCUGAUCCGGAUCGUGGAGGAUGUGAUUACGAUGCUGCCGGAGGACGACGGCGGCGAUGACUGA